AUGUUCAAAAGUUGCUGUGCGCGGCCAAAUAAAAAAAUAAACAAAAGUAAGUCUAAAACGGAGAAACUUGAUACGAUGGCAGAAUCAUACGUUACUGAGAUUAAGGAGAAGCCAAAUGAUACUAAAAAUAGUAUAAAUAAUGAUAUGGAAAAAAUAAUUGUAGAUAAAAGUGAAGAAAAAGUACCAUCUGAUGAUUGCGUUUCUAAACAGCAAUAUGAUAGUGAUACAAAUAUUCAGCAUACCGAUGAGGAUAAAGUGUCUGCUGUGGAUUUGAAUACUGAUGCUGCUGAUGAAGAUACUAUUGAGCGAAUUUUAUUCAAAAGAGAUUUGUCUAAAAAACGGUUCUCAGUAGAUUAUAAGAGGAGUCGGCUAGAUUUUAAAAGGUUCUCCGUUGAUUGUAGACGAGAUUCCGCUACCUUAGAAGAGUUGGCACGUUUGGAACAAGAAUUAGCCCGGACUAAUGUUGAUGUACGUCCUGGGUUGAGAAGGAAAUCUUCAGGAAUAUUAAAGUCUACUCCUAGCAGUAGUAAUGGAAUUACCGAACCACGAGUGCCGAGUAAAGAAGAAUCGUUAUCAGAUGAUGAUGAAGUAUUUGAAGGAAAAGUCACGCCAAGUGGCACUCACGAAGGUCCCCAAGAGCCUCCCGCGACGCCUGUUGGUCGUGAUGAGUUGGCCCUGCGAAGGCAUAGGUUUUUCUCUGAUCUCGUAUGUGCUGCUCGUGCUGCAGUCGAGCAUCGAGUUCGUUUUGAUCCCCUUGGACCGACGGUUGCCGAUCCAGUUGCACACUGCUUCUCCACCAGUAGUGAUUCUAGAGAACGCUCACAACUCAUGAGUCACCGUUGUAUCCGUCCGGACGGUUUCCAACCAACUUCCAACUAG